AUGACCUUGGUCAUUCAAGCGGUGCGAAACAAUUGGAGCUCGAUCGAGAAACACACAACAAUAAAAGAUGAAGAUACCUCCAUCAGCCUCAUUGAUUUCAAUCUCUCCUCCAGUUAUUUCGCAUUCCGCGGAGCAUUCUAUCGGCAAAAAUCGGGAACAGCUAUGGGAAACCCAUUAUCCCCAGCCUUAGCAGAUCUAGUAAUGGAAACGUUGCUAGAUCAUGUGUUAGAAACGAUCGAUAUACCCAUUCCCUUUUUAAGAAAGUAUGUGGAUGACCUGGUCACUGCUCUCCCAGCUGACAAAAUUCAACACGUGCAAAGCGCCCUGAAUGCAUACAAUCCACACAUUCAGUUUACGUGCGAGAUUGAGAGCAACAACCGUUUGCCUUAUCUGGACAUGGUCCUAAUAAGAACGAACGAACAAAAAAUUCAAACCGACUGGUACAGAAAACCAGUAGCAUCGGGACGAAUCUUAAAUUACCUCUCUUUCCAACCACUCACACAAAAACUUAACACUGCCAUGGGGUUCAUUGCGAGAGUAUUUCGGCUGUCUACUUGCAAAUCUGAAAUCGAAAAGAAGCAGAUGGUACGAGAAUAUUUACGCAAUAAUAAUUACCCCAGCGGCCUGAUAAACAGAUUAAUAAACCGAAUCAUCAACCAGCAAGUGAGUGCUGAGAGUGAGCGCAUCCCCGAGAGCGAAAAAAUGGAAUUUCGAUCGCUCCACCAUGUAGAUGGUCUCACGCCUGCCCUCUCUAAAAUCAUUCAAAGAAACCACAAAAAUGUUUCCUUAAGCUUUAAAUGUACAAAAACCAUUUCUUCUCUAUUCACAAAAUUAAAAGAUCCAACAUCAGAACAAUCUAAGCGGAAUGUGAUCUAUCGCAUUCCGUGUUCAGAUUGUGAGAGCUCAUACGUUGGUUUAACAACUCAGCAACUCAAACAACGACUAGCUGGCCACCGCUCGCUUAUAAAACGAUACAACGAUUUCAAAUCGUCAAACUGUGAGCGGGAGACAGGAAACGCAGAUGAGUUCAAAAAGACGGCGCUAAUGGUUCACAUGAUCGAAAAGGAGCACAGUUUUGAUUUGUCAAGAACCAAAAUUCUUGAUCAUGACAAUAGACUGCCGGCCCUUCAAAUUCUAGAAAUGUGCCAUAUUUUCAGUGACGGUUCGACGAUAAAUUUCAGGACCGACACAAAUAAUUUGAACGCAGCAUACUCUGGUGUGUUGCAUUCUCUCUCGCAUUAA